UUAAAUGCGCUAACAUUUUAUUACUAGUUAAUUUUAAAAAUGGCAAACUUCAGUCUUCUUAAAUCUAAAAGCUUAAAUCAGAUUGAAAAAGAAAACAGUGAGUUUAUUGUAGAGCUACCUCUACACAUGUCUGAAGAUGCAUUUAUUGGUGAAGGUUCAUUUGCUAAAGUUUAUAAAUUUUCUCAUAAAAAGAAGGUUGUUGCUUGUAAACUUUAUAAACAUCAAUUCCCUAAAUCAAAAAUGUUUUAUAUGUCAAAUCGAUUCAAAAAUAAAUAUAUAAAUAUUUUAGUUCAGGGCACUUUAAGUAAAAUAGUGAUCAAACUUUCUGAUUUUUGUGACCUUGCUAUAAUGAAGGAAACAAUGGCAACAAAGACUAAGGUAAAAGCUGGAUUUGCUGGUUUAACUAUAGCUUAUCUUUCUCCUGAAAUUUGCAAUCGAACUGUAAAUAUUGUCACUAAAGAGUCAGAUGUUUAUGCCAUGUCAUUAUCUUUUUUUGAAAUUAUGUCAGGAUUAGACUCACCAUUGCAAAAUCACUUUUCUAUUUAUAAAGAUAUUUUUUUAACUCAAGCUCUUGAAAAAGGAGAAAGACCAGAUACAAGUCUUAUUUAUAAAAUAUAUUUGGAGUCUGACACAAGACAUCUUGUUGAAACAAUUGUUGGAGGAUGGUGCAAUGAUCCAGAAUUACGAUUAACUUGUGUCCAGAUUAUUGGUAGAUUAAAAGAAAUAGUAACGAGUAUGUCAUUAAAAGAUUCCAGCAACGAAGAAGUGUUUGAAAUGUUAAAAGAGCCUUUAUUUAAAUCUAAUGAAAAUGCUAAAUGUUUAAAGUUCCAGAAUUUGUUUAAAUGUGCAGAUGAGUUUAAUGGUCCUGUACUUGCCAUAGAUAAGGAUGAGAAAGUUAAAAAUAGUAACAAAGAAGACCAGAACACGCCAAAUUUAUUCAAAUGUGCAGACAAGUUUAAAGGCCCUGUACAAGCUGUGGAUGAGGUUUUAAAAGAAAAUUCAGUUAGAAUUAGGGUUUCCAAUCAGUUUUAACCAAAAACCGAAAGCAGCGGUUUUUUGUCAAAACUGAUAAAACCGUCGGUUUUCAAAAAUGGUUUUGCGGAUUUUUAUAUGACUGCUUUUAAUAUUUAUUUACUAUAGAAAGGUA